ACAUGUGAAGGAGAGAGAGAGGGGAUGAGAUCAUUUUUUUCAUUUCUUAUUUACAGUUCCAACGAACAGUGAGAGAGGUUUCUAAUUCUAAAACAAACCAGUGUUCAUGAAUUGUCUGAAUGAUACCGAAAAAAAAAUUAAAAAACAUUUCAAUUUGGGAAAAAAAUCAAAACUUUUUGUUUGUUUUAUUUCUUUCUAUAAAACCCCUCUUUUCCAAUUUAGUCGAAAUUCACUCUCUUUGUGAACGUACGAAUCCAGACGACUCUGUGGAGUUUAGUUUAUAAAGCAACCGAGUGAUGAAAAUGGGGCUACUUUUCACGGAGUGAUAUUUUAAUCUAAAGUUUGGGUUUUUAUUAUCAAAGUUGGAGGGGUCGUCUCGUCUCGGAUGGGGGUCUCUGUGGGAUAGAGAUAGUUUUGGGGGUUUUUAAUAAAGGGACAACAAGGAGCGUCGACGAAAUAAUAUUAUUACAUUAGAACAAAAGACGAGAGAGAGCGUCAGAGAGCGAGUAACACAAUCUAUGGAAGAGACAAGGAAGAAGAAGAAGGAUGACUCCAAAAAGAAGGAGCGUCAUAUUGUCACUUGGUCUCAACAGGAGGAUGACAUACUUCGAAAGCAAAUCACUUUACAUGGCACUGACAAUUGGGCGAUCAUUGCUUCCAACUUCUCUGAUAAGAGCACAAGGCAGUGUAGACGCAGAUGGUAUACAUACUUAAACUCUGAUUUCAAGACAGGAGGUUGGUCCCCCGAAGAAGAUACUCUUUUGUGUGAGGCACAAAGAGUGUUUGGGAACAGAUGGACUGAGAUUGCAAAAGUGGUCUCAGGCAGAACGGAUAAUGCAGUGAAGAACAGGUUCACAACACUGUGCAAGAAGAGAGCCAAGUAUGAAGAAGCCAUGGCUAAAGACAAUACUCUUGCUUCUUGUAACAAAAGAAUGUUGCUUCCAGAUUGUGGUAUCAGUACACCACCGAAAGCCGAAAGCGUUUCCCCUCUUGCUAAAAAGAUCAGGAGAAGUGACAUUCCAGGUCCCACCGUGUUCGGUGGCUAUGGAGAUAGAUCACACAUAAAGGUUAAUUCAGGUGUGAAUCAGCAUUCCUCCUAUGGAGAUAGAUCGCAUAUAAAGGUUGUGAAUCAGCAGAUAAGACCUCCUUUUUGGGUAAUAGCCCACAAUGAGGAGAAGAUUCAAAAAGACAGUGCCAAAGAGAGCGAAGGUGAGGAUAAAGAGAUGUUUCUUAAGAAGGAUGAUCCAAAGGUAACAUCAUUGAUGCAACAAGCUGAGCUUCUCAGUUCAUUGGCUCAGAAAGUUAACACAGAACAAAGCAUGGAGAAUGCCUGGAAGGUCCUGCAGGAUUUCUUUAAUAAAAGCAAAGAGAAUGAUAUAUUCAGAUACGGACUACCUGAUAUCGAUUUCCAACUUGAGGAAUUUAAGGAUCUUGUUGAGGACUUGAGGAGUAGUAACGAAGAUAGUCAAGCCUCUUGGAGGCAACCGGAUCUCCAUGACUCACCUGCAAGCUCUGACUAUAGCUCAGGAUCAACUACAAUGCCACACUCUUCUGGUGAUCAAACCCAACAACCCAUGUUACUACCAGAUAAUGAGCAAGUGGAUUUACUGUCAACUUGUCAUGAGAUUGUGCCCAUGUCGGUUGAGGAAGAGUUUAACUCGCCUGUUCAAGUCACUCCAUUGUUCAGAUCUCUAGCAGCAGGCAUCCCAAGCCCACAGUUCUCUGAAAGUGAGAGGAACUUUGUGCUAAAAACACUUGGUGUUGAGUCACCAUGUCCAAGUGCUACUAAUCUUUCACAACCGCCUCCUUGCAAAAGAGUCCUUCUUGAUAGCUUGUAAACCCCAAACCAAAAGACCGCGGUUAUGUCUCCAUGGAGCCGACAUAACUUGCAUUUCUUCCCUCUCUUUUUGCUUAGAUUUUCUUCAUAGGUUUGCAGCCAUAUCGGCCUGAAAAGUUUUUGUGAAGCGGGCGUGCCAUGAUCUGCAUUAUUUCCCCCCUCAGUGUUGAUAAUCUAGAAUCCAAGAAUGUUAAAAGGUAACAUUUCUAAGUCUAGACCUGAGUUUCUCUCUCAGAUACUCAGGAGUGUUUCUUUUCAUCAUCAUCUUCAUCAUACUCUCUAACCCGUUUCAUAAAAGGGUUAGAGAGUAUGUGUUUUCUUUUAAUUCAUGACGUGUGUGUGUAAGAAACAUUCUUUUGUUUGUCCUCCCUCUCUUUUAGGGUCAAACCCGGAUACAUAAUCCGGGUCUUUUCUUUUCAAAUGAAUUCUUGAUUUGUUGUGUUGUUGAUUCUCUUGUACAGAAUCUAUAAAUAUUGCAUAAAAGCAGAGUUUUUGUUUUAGAGUGUAAAAAGAUAAAACAACUUCGGAGAGGCAUCUCACCUUCCUAUAUAUAGUGGUGAUUAGAAAACAUGAAGAAGAAGAAAAGAUAAGCCAAGACUUUCAUAAAGGUUUUUGGGGAACCUUUCUUUAUGUAGUAACUUCUCAUAGGUGUGGGAAGAAACAGAAACAUAAGGAUAUUUUUUAAAAAGAAUAUUCAUGUGAUUUGUAAAGAGAUUAUAUGAAUGGAAAUGAUUUGAUUUUGGUGUGAA